GCUUUUGGAUACCUUUUUGGCAACCUAUCAUACUCUCUCUCUCUCUCUCUCUUCCCCCGAUAAAUUUGUCAACCUCUAUAUCACGUUGCAGAGAGAGAAUGAGAGAGAGAGAGAGAGAUGUGCUAACUCAUGAACUGCUCUGAUGCUUGUGCCAGCCAUAAACAUUGUUAUUAGAUGAAACAUCAGACUUGAAGAGGAAUUGAAACAUGAUGCUGAAAGAUAUACUCUUGAUGUGCAUUGAUGAAGCAAUUUUUCUUUUGUCUAAAGAAUCCUGAAGUUGCUUGUUGCGAGUGAAGUGAUGGCCAAACAUCUUCUCUAGCAAAGCAGCUAGUAUCUGCUGCCUGAUUGCCGACGCCGCCGGAAUCUGCGAAGUCUCCACGAGCAGCGUCGUCGGAUAAGGCAGCCGGCACGGCAAUGCCGGUUCCCCUUGCCCCGUAUCCAACUCCUCCUGUGCCAUUUACACCUCCCAAUGGGGCGCAAAGCCAGCUUGUUUGCACCGGUUGCCGGAAUCUUCUCAUGUAUCCAGCCGGUGCAACAUCGGUAUGCUGCGCAGUUUGCAGUACCGUCACCGCCGUGCCGGCUCCGGGAACUGAGAUGGCGCAGUUAGUUUGCGGAGGAUGCCACACUCUCCUGAUGUACAUGCGUGGCGCGACAAGUGUACAAUGUUCUUGCUGCCACACUGUAAACCUGGCUAUGGAAGCAAAUCAAGUUGCGCAUGUAAACUGCGGCAACUGCCGUAUGCUGCUCAUGUACCAGUACGGUGCUCGGUCUGUCAAAUGCGCGAUCUGCAAUUUUGUGACAUUGGUUGGGGCCUCGCCUGGUGCAGAGCAGAAGCCAAGCACCUGAAGCCCCUGGAAAUACUGAUACCACCUCUGGAGGCAGUUUCUGAAAGGAUGGUUUGAGUGCACAUGUAUAGAGUUCUUCCCUGAAGCAAUUUUUUUCCUUCGCUGGACCUGGUGCCCUCGCAGAAUAAAUGAGGGUUUUGGAAAUAACUAGCGCUCAACUUCGUCGACUUGUCUGUAAAACCGAAUGAGAUAUAUAUAUAAACCUAUGAAGUUUAUGCA